GCUACACUUCACGGUGUAGCGUAUUUUAUGACAUGAACUGGGAGGGAGUAACCGUCAGGAAUAUGACGGCAAAUGGUCAGGAAUUUAGUUCUAUCAAAACUGGUCAGAACCGGAUUAAUCAGUCUACUUUAGCGUGGGUUAGAUAAACACAAAGAAAAAUACACGUUUUGGUUGAUAUACAAAGGAAAUUAGCAUUUUAAUCUUAUUUGAAGUCUAUUGAUAUUGAUUUUAUACAGUUAUUUAAUUGGAAUUUGGAUUCGGAAUACAUAAACAAGAAAUGCCAGGGCAAGGAAAGGCUAAGUCCAAGCAAAAACAGGGUAUGGCGUCGAAAAGCGCACCACGGUCCACUGUGAAAAGGAAAGCUGUGGCAACAAAUUCAACACAGCCGCCUAAACAGCCAAAAAGACAAUCGGUAGUGGAAGAUCCAAAUCAAGAUGCUAACAAUGAACUUGAUGCCAUGAACGGCGACAUUAUGUCAGAACGAUUAGAAAAACUUAUAGAGUCAAAAAUAAAUGACAUUGUGAAGAGAUCUCUGGCUAAACUGGACCACGAAACCCUUUCCGAUGCCACACAACAAUGUACGAAACCUACCAAGGACAGCGUCACAGUUCCAUCCGGGUCAGAAGAAAAGUCAAGGGAAGACAACCAGCCUUCAGCAUCUACGUCUAGCUUAUCUACGUCAGGUACUGGUGACUCUGGGUGUUUUAGCUCUUUAACUUUACAAACCUCACCUACUAUCCCACUAUAUGCAUCGGUUCCCACCAAAAUCAAAAAAAAAAUUUGGUCAAAUGAAUAUUUAGAUUUCUCCACUGCAUUUAAUAAGACACAGGAAUCCUUCCAAUUUACAAUUUCACAGGAAGGCGUUUCCUCCAUUAGCCAAACCCAUGUUAAAAAGUUCAUAACCAUAGAACAAUGGACGGACACAUUUGCCAUAUUUUCCUCGGUCUACAGACAAAGGUAUCCAGAACAAGCUGAGCAAUUAGCAUAGUAUGGCAAUACUAUCAGGUCAAUUGCAAAAGCAAGAGGUAAUUGGCAUUUCUAUGAUACCAAUUUCCGGCAGCUCCGUCAACACCACCCUGUCCCUUGGGACUCAAUUCACCAUGAGCUUUUUAUCAAGGCCCACAAUCAGAAACAGCCCUUUCGCUUCACGGGCCCAAAAACGGGCCAUCCAAGAAAAUCCUGCCACAAAUUCAACAGGGGCGAACACUGUAGAAAUUUAGCAAAUAUCUAUCUUUUUGGCCAUUUCGAACGAACCCUUCACAUUUCGUUACCAUUCGUUAAUCUUAUACAUCUGUUUUCACUGACUGUUUUAUAGAAAAAUGAUUUCCAAUGCAACGCUUAUACAUUUGUAAUACAAUUCAAUGAUUAUCUCUUAUAUGUUGUACAAAUAAAUAAGGUCAUCCCAUGACCAUUUAACAACAGAUAUGUGUUAAGUUUUCUCUCCCAGUAAGGGUCAUAAAGGGAAGCUACACUUCACGGUGUAGCGUAUUUUAUGACAUGAACUGGGAGGGAGUAACCGUCAGGAAUAUGACGGCAAAUGGUCCCCCUACAUUUUGUGUCCAUUCAAGAAUUUUAUACAUUGGUUUACAGUUUUGCCAUUUCGAACGAACCCUUCACAUUUCGUUACCAUUCGUUAAUCUUAUACAUCUGUUUUCACUGACUGUUUUAUAGAAAAAUGAUUUCCAAUGCAACGCUUAUACAUUUGUAUUACAAUUCAAUGAUUAUCUCUUAUAUCUUGUACAAAUAAAUAAGGUCAUCCCAUGACCAUUUAACAACA